AGAAAGUGUACCCGUCAUACUGUGAGUUUUUGAGUUCUUGGGUGCUUUUCUUCUCGAUGUUUUGUGGGAUUUGCCUGCGCGGUAGACUACCAUGAAGCUAUUCGCAACUCUGCGGUUAUUUAUUCUCAUUUUACCGUGCAUAUUCCUACAAGUUAGCGCUAGCUCACCGACGACUGCGCAGAGGUUAGAAGACGCGUCGCAAUGUGCCAUCAGAUGUUUCUCUCAAUUUGUUGAUAAGCCGACAUUCUCAUCGGCGAACAAAGAGCAAAUAUGCUACGAUCACAAACUCAGCAACACUGUAGCUGGCUGUAUCCGCACAGCAUGCCCCAUAAGAGACCUGUUUGACUUUCUAAAGCUUGAGCAAACAAACUGCGGCAGACCAGAGCUCGACAACGACCAUAAUAUCAGAGGGAUCAACUACACCAUUCUUGGGAUAGCAGUUUUUUCUAUCGUCCUACGAACUGUCACAAAAUCCUAUCGCUUUUCACAAUGGGGUGCGGACGAUUACCUUAUUAUCGCGGCAUCGGUCUUUACAGGAGUACAAUGCAUCAUCAUGGGCCUCAUGACCUUUGCGGGCUUGGGCCGGAAUAUCUGGACACUUGAUGACAGUACGAUCACCACGUUUCAUAUAUAUCUCCUCGUCGUUCAAUACGCCUACGUCCUAAGUCUCUGCCUCAUCAAACUCUCAAUACUCUACUUCUUCCUUCGAACAUUCCCCGACCCGACUUUCAGAUUGGUUAUCAAGUGUACCAUCGCAUUCAACAUUCUCACGACAAUUAUCUUCACCGUAUGCGGCGCACUGCAGCGACAACCAAUUCACUUACUUUGGGAAGGAUGGAAAGAAUAUCCGCCUCGUGGAAUAACGCUCAACACUCCAGCUAUUAUCUUUUUUCACGCUGGUGUGAACAUCGCUCUUGACGUCUGGAUGUUUGCCCUGCCGUUGACGCAGUUGUAUUCUUUGGGGCUUCAACCAAAGAAGAAAGCCGGCGUUAUGGUCAUAUUUGGCGUUGGAAUAUUUCUCAUUGCAGCAAGCUGUAUCCGCAUCCCCUACUUACUAGACUUUACAAGAACAUUGAACACAUCAUCCGACGCACAGGGAUUCGUCGUAUGGUCAAAUAUCGAAAGCGGCGUAGGCAUCUUGGUAGCUUGUAUGCCUCACAUGCAACCAAUCUUCCGCGCCAUAGCAGCACGAGCACGGUCCUGGAAUAUUAUCCCUUCAAGCUCCGCUAGCGCUGAGGGAAUAUUUGUACAAAGAUCUCUUGCCACUAUAAAGAUGUCGCGGACUGACGGGACUACUUUGGUAGAACCGGAUGAUUUGGUGCUACAUGAUCGAGGGGGGUUGUUGAGUGAACCUACUCCGGCGAAGAAGGUUGAUAGUAAGCUUGGGAGCGUGAGUGAGACGGGGACAUCAGGUUGAGGGUGUUCAGAAGGGGGGCAUCGAA